CUCAAUAAAAAUCAUGAGUUACUAUCUUUCUACACCUCUAACUACACUAGUAGUUAUAUUAGCAUCACUUUCUUCAUUAUGUUCUUCAAAUCCAAUUCAAGAUAGCUUCCAUCAAUGCCUUUCUAUGGGCACAGAAUCAUUUGCCCAACUUCCAAACAUCUUUUUCACCCCAAACAACAUUUCCUUCACUCCCCUUUUGAACUCCACUGCCCAAAACCUUCGUUGUAUUGCCUCCUAUGCGGCAAAACCCGAGCUUAUUUUCACUCCCUUGCACGAAACCCAUAUCCAAACCGCGGUUAUUUGUGCCAGAAAGCUUGGAAUUCAGCUCCGGUUUAGAAGUGGAGGCCAUGAUUACGAAGGGCUAUCCUAUACGUCCGUUAUGGACCCUCCUUAUGUGGUUAUCGACUUGGCCAAACUACGUGGCAUUGACGUUAACAUUGAAGAUAAUUCGGUUUGGGUUGAAGCCGGUGCAACCGUCGGAGAGCUUUACUAUCGAGUAGCCGAGAAAAGCAAGACUCACGGGGUUCCAGCUGGGCUAUGCACGAGCCUAGGUGUUGGCGGGCAUAUCACGGGGGGUGCAUAUGGCUCCAUGAUGAGGAAAUAUGGGCUUGCGGCCGAUAAUGCACUUGAUGCAAAGAUCAUUGAUGCAAAUGGUCGUAUAUUGGACCGGAAAUCCAUGGGAGAGGAUGUGUUUUGGGCCAUUCGUGGCGGCGGUGGGGGCAGUUACGGAGUUAUAGUUUCUUGGAAACUAAAACUCGUGCCCGUCCCUGAAACCGUCACGACUUUUAAUGUCGUCAAGACAUUAGAACAAGGUGCCACCAACAUCCUUUACAAGUGGCAACAAAUAGCUCCAAAACUUGAUGAUGAUCUUUUCAUAAGGGUCAUUAUCCAACCUUCAAAUAUACCAAACACAACACAAAGAACCAUCACCACUGUUUACAAUGCACUCUUUCUUGGAGAUCAAGAAAGGCUGCAAGAAAUUAUGCAAGAAAGUUUCCCUGAAUUAGGACUAACAAAACAGCAUUGCUCAGAAAUGAGCUGGUUAGAAUCUGUCCUGUUCAUAGCAGGGUACCCAAGGACCGUUCCAACCAACGUCCUGCUAGCCGGAAAACCAGCUUUCUUGAACUACUUCAAAGCUAAAUCAGAUUUCGUGACAACCCCCAUUCCAGAGAAGGGUCUGGAAGGAAUCUGGCAAAGAAUGUUGGAGGAAGAAAGCCCGUUGAUGAUAUGGAACCCAUACGGGGGAAUGAUGGGCAGGAUUUCAGAAUCAUCCAUCCCGUUUCCUCAUAGGAAUGGGGUCCUUUACAAGAUUCAGUAUGUGAACAGCUGGAUGAGCCCUGAAAAAGAGGCCAUGAACAAGCAUGUUGAUUGGAUAAGGAAGCUAUACAACUACAUGGCCCAAUACGCGUCCAUGUUUCCAAGGCAAGCUUAUGUCAACUACAGAGAUCUUGAUCUUGGGAUGAAUGACAAAAAUGGAGAUGAUACAAGUUUUGUGAAAGCAAGCACCUGGGGAACAAGGUACUUCAAAGACAACUUCAAUCGGUUGGUUAAGAUCAAGACCCAGUUUGAUCCUGAUAACUUCUUCAAGCAUGAACAGAGCAUCCCUGUUUUACCUUUGAAAAGUCAAACUAAAAGAUUCAGACACUUUAAGAGUGGCAAGAAAGGUAAAAAGAAAAUUCACCAUUAGUUGCUAUAUUUCCAUUAUUUAAAGGUGGUUCCUUUAUUUUGUUUUUCUUUAUGGUUGUUUUUUCUUUUGUGGGUAUGUGACAAAAGAAGCAUGGAGUCAGUAUAUUAGAAUAAGUUAUUAAAUAUGGAGAAUAUGUUGUCACGUUCAUGAGUGAUCAGUGUGUUUGUGCUAAUUUUAUAUCUUAGGAUAAGACUUUGAGUGAUGUGUAAGACUGUUAUUGGUUAAUGGUGGUGAAUUCAGUAUUGGUUUAAUUCAA